AUGCAGGUUCGCAAGGCUGCACUCGCCAUUCCGGUGAUCAUCCAUUCGGCUCAGGAAGAUCGACCCGUGGACGAAAAAGAGGCCAAGGACAUCAUCCGUUUGCGCGAGUCGUCGUGCCGAGUUCCGUACAACGACGGGCUUUGGGCGACACUGGAGACGUUCUGUGUGGAGCGAUUCCUUGACAUGGACUACGAGGAGUUCGCCACGGUGUUACGCGACACCUUCACCUGUCAGUUCAACGUGUGCGCGCAGCCGGGCCGCGCCUGCUCGCAGCUGAUCGGAACGAUGAUCUGGUACUGCCAGCGUGCCAGCAAAGUGCUCACCUUCUACGAGGCCGAGCACUCGAAGAUGUCCAAGAAGAACGACACUAGUUCCGCGAAGGCCAAGCUCGUCUGGGCCAAAUUGGAUCACUUCCGGCUGCUGCAGGACAAGCUGCUCGAGCGCACGAUGUAUGCCUCCGGCGAGCUGGCCCAGCACAUCCACAUCUACGUUGAUCAGACGUUCACGCGCGAGCUGAAGCGGAUGCAAAAAAUUAUCGACUCGGACGGCCGUACGACGCAGAGCCUAUCACUAGAAGAGUACGUCGACAUGCAGAAGAAGGUGCGGAUCAAGGGUGGCAAGCGCCCAACGGAUGAUCAAUUGGCCAGAGAAUACGAGGAGCCGGAAACGGGAAUCCCUCAAAUGCCCGUGCGCGUCCUCCUUCCCUGGGAAGCCGACUCGGCCCGACGCCAGGGCAUCUUCGAGAUCUUCCACGACAAGGUGCUGAAGGCCAACGACGCCAACGACCAGGAAUUCUCCAUCGCCAUCGACGUCGCCAACGCGCAAUUGAUGCAACAGCUCCACCCGUCGUUCAUCUUGGCCCGCGUCGUCCCGCUCGUCACGUACUGCAUCCGCGCCAAGGGCACCAGCGACAAGACGCGAUGCCAGGCGUCCACCGCAUUGGCGAAGAUGGUGCCGCUGUGUCGGCACUUUGCGAAGAAGUCGUCGUUCCUGAUCACGCUGCUGAUGACGGCCGCCUCAGACCCGACAAUUCGAGAGAAUCUCCUGGUUGCGAUGGCUGACAUCUACGAGUUCGUCCCGAUUCCGUUCGACAACUACCAGUCGGAGCUUUUCAAUAUGUGUCGCGAUGUUGAUCCACUCGUUCGAGAGACGGCGCUGCUCGUCCUCCUCCACGUAACGACGGAUGGCCUUGUACAAAACCGCAGCGGUGUGGCCGAUGUGGCGAGAUGCUUUGUCGACACGUCCCAAGAUGUCCAAGCGAUGGCCCGCGUCUUCUUCCAGGAAUUUGCUACCAAGAAAAACAUGGUCUUCAACGCGAUGCCCGAUUUCCUGUCCCGGCUGACACGCAAUCCGAAGCAGAUCCCCUUCCCGGCGUUCCAGCUUAUCAUGACGCCCCUUCUCGAAUACCUGGAACCCGCUGAAAACGACGAUAUGGUCGUCAGGGUCGUUCAGCGCCUUGAGGCCCUUGAUGAGGAGUCGCUGGAGCGCAACGAGCUGAUGCCGCUCUACUUCGUCUGGGUGCUGAACAUGGUAUCGAAGAGCGAGAAGAGCUUCAGCAAGAUUCGCGAGCACCGAAAGGCCGUCGAGCGCUUCCUGCACAUCCCGGGCUUCUACGACCACCUCCACACAACACUCGAGCAGCUAAAGAAGGUCGCCUCUCCGAAUGCCCACUAUAAGACCGACGUCGAGCAAUUCAUCGAGGAGACCAAGCAGCUCUACGAGAAGGCGGUGGACCACGAGAUUACGAUGAAGAAGGCGUCGGCAUUCCAGAAGCGUGCUCGCGGACAGAGCGGCCCGAAGACGACCGGCAGCGCGAAGAAAGAAACUGCUAGCAACGCGCGCGCCGCUGGCCGCCGACGUGUCUACCUCGACGAGAUCGAGGAGGACGACGAAGACGCUCAGCCGAAGACGAUCGAUUCCGACGAUUCUGAUGAU